AUGUCUACACCUGAAGAUCUUGUAAAGCUGGAUGACUUCCAAAACAUCUUCUCGCUCAAAGGGAAGGUUGCCGUCAUCUCUGGCGGGUCGCGCGGAUUAGGUCUUCACACAGCAAGCGGCUUUCUGCAGGCAGGAUGUUCUCGCGUUUACAUCGUCGCACGCAGCGAGGGGCCCUUGAACGAUGCCGCGAAAGCCCUCAAUGCCCUCCCCAACAAAGGCCCUGACGCCCGGGCAAUUGCGAUUGUUGCGGACAUAUCAAGUCAAGCAGGAUGCACACAGAUGGCCGCCGAAAUUAGCAAAACCACAGAUCAUGUCGACAUUUUGGUUGCUAACGCCGGUGCAACUUUCAUUGGGCACAUGAACGAUUACAAAGAAGAUGAUUUCGACCGGGUCAUGAAAAUGAACGUCAGCAGCAUCUUUUUCUCGGCUCAAAACUUUCAUAAAUUGUCUCCGUUACUCCAGGCCGCAGGCACAGUCCAGGAUCCAUCUCGGAUUAUCAUGGUGUCUUCGGUGGCGGGCGUCGUUGUUGAGGACAUGGGUGAGCACGGAACAUAUGCAUACGCCGCCUCCAAGGCGGCUGUCAUUCAUCUCAUGAAAAAUCUCGUCGUGGAACUUGGGCCGAAACAUAUCACGGUGAACGUAGUUGCGCCUGAAAUGGUUCCGAGCCAAAUGAGUGCGCCGCUGAUGAAUCGGCAUGGCGGUAUUGAAAGCGUCUCAAAGCAGGUGCCGGACCAGAAGCUAGGCAGUCCCGAAGAUGUCGCUGGUGUGAUGGUUUUCCUCUCUUCAAGGGCUAGCAAGCACAUCAAUGGGGCAACCAUUGUGUUAGAUGGCGGAAGCUAUUUGGUUCGAGGUUGUGCCUAG